AUGGCACUACAGUGGGGCAUCAUCGCAGCCAAGGGGCCCAGAGGGAUGGAGGGAGAGAGAGAGAGAGGAAGAGAGGGGAGGUUGAUUGAGGAACACUGGGGCCUGAUCAUCAUCAAGGGCCCCAAAGGGAGGAGUGAUAUAGUGACGAUUCUGAUCAUCCUGGCCCUGGCCUUCCUCGCCUGCAUCGUGUUCCUGGUGGUUUAUAAAGCCUUCACCUACGACCACGCCUGCCCAGAUGGAUUCAUUUACAAGCACAAGCGGUGUAUCCCAGCCUCUCUGGAGGCCUACUACGCUGCCCAGGAUGCCAACUCAAGGGGCCGUUUCUACACAGUGAUCAGCCACUACAGCAUGGCUAAGCAGACCACCUCGCACUCGGUCUCUCCCUGGCUGCCUGGAGGGGCGGCGGGGCAGCAGCAUGAUGCUAAACCCCCCAGUGGCGAGGGCCACUGAGUUAGCCAAACGGUUAAAAUGUGUUGUAAACACAUACAGACACAUGCAGACAUGAAGAAACACAGACACAGGCAGAUAUAGACGCAGACACACACAAACACGUAGGUGAGUAUUUAAAGAUAUAGACAAAGAGACACACAUAUCCACGACAGCUACAUAUAUAACGCCAAUAUAAAGAGAAAACAUGCAUGCAGACUUAAAACACACAAGCACAUGCUAAGUCAUAUUCUGAUUUACCUUGACUGCCCAUAUAUGUGCUCACUCUCUUAUCAAGGGGCAUUUCCCAUUGAACCUUUGCUUUGGGAUUAUCAUCGUCUGCUGAUACACACUCGCAUACACAAACACACACACACACAGUCUGCUCUCUCGUCACCAUGUUUUUAGUCCCUUGCUCUAAUUUAUUAUUUAUUGACUGUCUUGAUAUAUUUAUUUUUUACUGUAAUGUAUGGAUGAUUUGUAUGUGAUUAUCUUUGUACAAAGGCACGAGUCAAUGCUGAAUUUCACGCUUCCUCUUUGUGAGAUUCUCUGGAGUUUUUUUUUUUCUCUUCAAGUGUGUAAACGGUAGUUAAUGUAUAUUCAUUCAUGGCCCCUCUUCCUCCUUGCCUUUCUUGUCCAAACUGUGUAACCUCAGGCACAUCAGUCAAACUCCACACACACACAGAAACACACAGAUCACUUCAUAAGCCAACCCCGAAAAAUGUCAGUAUGGUCUUGUAUUGCUGUAACACAUUUAUCAGACAUGAAAUUUCAGCUGCACCGUCUGAGGAAGGUUUGACGCCAAUGUCCACAUCCGCAACACGUCCUGAGUUGAUUGAAUGAAUUUUUCCAUCAUGGCUGUUUGAUAGCUCAUAUACAGUGACAUUUCAAUGUGCUGUGCUAUACAUUUUAAAUCCUGAAAUCCCCCAGUGACCCAAGCUGCGCUCAGGCUAGUUUUUUGUGUGUAUGCAUUGUAGUAGCUUUUAUUAGGAGGUUUUUCUUUUUGUUUUUACAGACCUAUAAUUCCUUCAUGCGAAUUACUUGCAUAAUGCUUCAGCUGCUGGUCUUGUAGCUCCAUUUAACACAACGUUGCAGAUUGGGAAAGGAAAUACCAUGCAUAUCACAGUCUCUUGCCAAAACUGUUAUUUUCCGCUGUGUUUUGUUACGUUAAUCGAUGGGCUUCGACUGCAGCCGAGUUUUGUUCCUGUACCGUUAUUUUUCAUUUUGUAACGUUGGAUCUGUUGUCAAGAGCGCUUUUAUGAGAUAUUGUGAUGUUGUUAGUUGAUAUGUAGCGAUACCUGGUGUAAUUUAUCAGUGUGCAUCCUUGUCCCUCUUCUCUUGGUUUGACUUCAAAAUAAAACAAGCUGUGACCUGUG